AUGGGCGUCACGGGUCUCAACGUAGGGACUGUCAUGGGCCUCUCCACGAAACUCGGCAGCAACGUGCUGCAGAAGGUCCCGUAUAUGCGCCAUCCGUGGGAGCACGUGCUGUACAUGGGCAUCGGUGCUGGACUGGGCAGUUAUCUGCAGAACAAAUACCACCGGGACCUGGAAGAAGUGGAAGAGCUGCGACUGUACUUGGAGCGUCGCUCGGACGUGAACAAGGAGGCAUGA